GUUCUUUCAGAUAACGAACGGCUGGUCUCGAGGCUAAAUCUUGCCCAUGGAGUGUUGCUACUCUACUUAGUAGUUAUAGCUCUGCACUAGAACGCUAGCUAUUAGUAGCUGCAAGAGUGAGCUAGAAGAGAGCUGCAGUGCAAGGCUCUGCCAGGAGCCCAUAAAUAAGAGAAGGAGUGGCCUAACAAGCGCAUGCUCGUUAUAUGAGAUAGUUUGCAUAACUGUCAAUUUAAUUUGUGACCUCCAUUUUCCUAACGGGGAGACUACUUGCAAAGAUGUUGAGAGCUCUUUCCCUUCUCCUGGUAGUCCAGCUGUGUGUUGCACAGCAGCUAGAGUGGCCCAAACAGUACACUGCCAAGGGUCACAUCAUCCUGCCUUACGGAGAAAUUGUGGAGCCCUUCACUGCCUAUGUGGACAUGAGUGGCAAGGGAAGGAGCAGGAUAGACUAUUAUGGAGGGUCGGCUAUCGACCUCAACCUCGGAGACCAAGGCCAGCAUGGAACAAUCUUCAAGAUUGCCUACGAGACCACUCAAGAGUUUGCCAAUGUCAUGACUUGUUUUGGAGUGCCUGGAGUAGUAGGAGCCCCUGUGACCCCGCAGGGCGUACUGCCAGAUAUUUCCAUGUAUAAGUAUGCGACUGACUUGAUGUACAACGGUGUGAUGUCAGAGGUCUACAUGUCCAGUAACACUGAGGAAGAGAAGAACAACAACUACACUCUCAUUGUCAGGAAGGAUAGUAAGAAUCCUAUAACGCUUCGAUUUGUUGGCUUUGAUCGGCUCUUUAACUCCUACUACGAUGAGUACGUGAUCGAAUAUUCUGACUUUGAGACCACCUUGGACGCUACUGUGUUUGACUAUGCCAGCAAAUUCACUUGCAAGGGUUUCCCUGGUCCCGGUGUAACUCUCCCUAUGAUCGAGAACCCGAUGUUUGAGUUUGUGGGGGCAAGUGGCUAUGAGGAGAAGCAUCGUAGCUACAAGGUGGACUCGGAUUUUGAAGAGUUCAAAGGUCACCACAGCCGUAAGUAUGAGAGUGAGGGGGAGGAAGUAAAGAGGAAGACUCACUUUAGACACAACCACAGGUAUAUCCACUCGAUGAAUCGUCGUGACCUCCCCUACAAGCUGGGGGUGAACCACCUGACUGACCUGGCUGACGGGGAGAUCUCUCGUAUGAGGGGCUACAGACACACCCCUAACUCCCCUCGGGGCACACUCUACAAGCCCUCCAUCAGUGACGUCCCACAGAACUACAACUGGAGACUCAGAGGAGCGGUGACCCCGGUCAAGGAACAGGGUCUCUGUGGCAGCUGUUGGAGUUUUGGGACUACCGGUACACUAGAGGGGUCUCAAUUCAUCAAGAACGGUAUGAAAAAUCUGAAGGCGUUCAGUGAGCAAUCUCUCAUAGAUUGUUCCUGGGGCUAUGGCAACAACGGUUGUAACGGGGGAGAGAGUGAGAGGGCGUACAAAUGGAUUAUCGAAAACGGGUGCAUCCCAACAGAAGAGUCCUAUGGGGGAGGGAAAUUCCUCAUGCAGGAUGGCUUCUGCAAGGUGAACGAGAGUGAGUGUGGUGCUAGGAUCUCCAUGUACGUGAACACUGCCCCUGGAAACGAGACUUCCCUGAUGAUGGCUAUCGCUGAGAGAGGACCCAUCAGUGUCGCCAUUGACGCUAGUCACAAGUCCUUUAAUUUCUAUUCUCAUGGAGUCUACUAUGAACCAGCGUGUGGUAAUGGAGUGGAUAACCUCGAUCACCAGGUCUUGGCCGUGGGUUACGGGACGCUGACCCCUGGUGAUCCGGACAGUGAUUACUGGUACAUCAAGAACUCGUGGUCCACUCACUGGGGCAACGAUGGCUACGUGCUCAUGAGCAGGAAGAACAACAACUGUGGAGUCACCACUGACGCUUCUUUUGCUAUACUGAACUAACUCUUAACCUGUUUUUGAGUUGACUGAGUACAUACUUUUAUUUUCGUAUGUGUCCCCCUUCCCAAUUGCUUUGCUGCUACUAUUGAAUAAACCUUGGGAUACAUUAAGUUUGGUACA